AAACAAAAAUCAACCGACACAAAAACAAAGAAGACCAAGUCGAAUUUAUAAAGCGUGUUUGAUUUUAUUGAAUAUAAUUAAACUAUUAUUUCCUGGCAGAAGAGAAGAGAAGAAAUUGAGAUAUUUUGUAGUUGAAAUAUGAGACUCGAGACUUGUAUGUUUGUAGGUGUUGCGUGUUUGGAGGGAGGUGAUAGCAUUACUAAUAGACGGAGACGGGAUCACUGAUUUGUUGUUAUGUGAAUGUUUGAAGGGUACACGCCUCAAUUCCCAGAUUGAAACCACCUCCAAACUGACCCUAACUUCCCAAUCGUCUUCUUUAUAUAACAUUAACAUGUCUUCCUCCCUUUUUGCUUAUUGAAUCUCUUUCUUCCCAUAUCACUCUGCCUCCUCUUCUUUGCUAGAGUCUUGAUCAUGAGAACCACUUGCUGCCUUAACCUUCCCACUCCAUCUUCAAACCCUACUCUCCAUACCCGCGUCCCUGUCAAGCCACCCCCUCACUUUCCUCUGGUCAGAGAUGAAGCGUGCUGGAGAAGGCGAUGCAUUCUCGUGAAAAUGGCUUCCACUCUCAUCGGACUAGACCUCGCCAGUCUGGUCACUGCCGCUGAACACCAGACUGCCCUUGCUCUGCCUCUGCCUCUGCCUCUUCCCGCCGCCAAGUGGAGCCACGAGAGGACCUGCCCCUCCUGGCGCCAAAACUCCUUGGAAACCGUCGUGCCGGAGAAUCUUCCCAGACCGGCCGCACGCCGGAGAUAUGAGUCCGUCCGAUUCUUCGCCUUCAAGACUGCUCCUCCCCUUUCUGCCGCCGUUCAGAUCAAGGCCGAUUGCUUCUCCCUCUAAACAGCAUGCUAAGCUGGCCGUGUAAAUGUUACUUCAGGGAUCAUAUUCAUGUAUUUACGUACACGUAACAUAUCAAUCAAAUAUUGUUACCAUUCCUGCAGAAUUGCAGACUCAUUGAUUGAAUAUGAUAUUGUUGUUCCGAUUUCUCAA